UUGGCUUGCUGGGAUCUCCACGUGUUGUGCCUAGCGCAGAUGUGUUUCCUGUCUCCUGCACAUGCCAUCUGACAUUUGCGUUUUCUACUUAAAAAUUUGGCUCGAUUUCAUGGUGGCAAGCUAGCGAGCAAGCGAGCGAGUGAGCGAGUAAGCGACUGCGUCAAUUUAUCGCAUCAGCGUCAUCUGUCGGUCGGUCUGUCAGUCUGUCCGUCCGUUUAUCCAUCUAUCAAUCUAUCUAUCAUUCUGUCUAUCUACUCAUCAAUCUGUCCAUCUAAUCAGUAAUUAACAUUUGGGCUGGAGGGGCUGCCGGGGCCUGCCGAGCGGCCAUGCUUCUCCUGCAAUUGCCUUUUGUAUCUUGCACGCACCCCAGGCCUCCUCGGUCUGGCCCCGGCGACUAAGUCUGUACAGGGCGAGAGAGAGCUUUUUUAGUGCGUGGGGUUGGCAAUCCGAUCGGUCGAAUGUCCCGGCGCGGACCUGGUGGAUCAGUUGGCUGGCUGUACAGUUGAGAUGUUCAGAGGUCGGAAUCGGAAUUGGAAUUGGAAUUGAACUGGAACUGGAGCUGGAGCUGGAACAGGAGCUGGAAUCGGAACUAGUACGGGAAUUGGAAUUGGAAGUGCGAUUGGAACUGGAAUUGGAAUUGGGAGGUGGAAAUCGGAGCUGGAGCUGGAGCGCAGAGUAGCGAUGGGAAAUAGUGUGAGCCACAUGCUGCGGAGGCGAGCUCCGCAAAAGAGAGGGAGCGCGACGGCGAGCGUGGCAGCGAGCGUGACAGCGGCGGUGGUGGAGGACAUAUUCCAGGACGACGACAAUGAGCUGAACGACCCGGACCUGAAGAGCUUCGACGACUGCAUGAAGCAGCGCACGGAGAAGGUGCUGGGCAGCCUGGAGAAGGGCAUGAAGCAGGGCGGGCUGGAGCUGUCGGCGCUCAAGGACGUGACGAACGGCGUCAUGGGCAUGAACGACGAGGUGGUGGACUACAUCGAGGCGUGCGACCAGGACGUGUGGGCGAACGAGGAGAUGAAGGACCUCGUGUCGGACUACUUCCGCAACAGCCUCGAGGCGCUGGACUUCUGCGGCGUGCUCGAGCGCAGCGUGCAGCAGGCGCGCGACAACCAGAUUUUCAUCGAGACGGCGCUGAGCCUGCUGCCGGACGACGCCAACCCGACGGACGAGGCGUGCAAGCAGAUCCUGCAGGAGCUCGACCACUUCGCGCACGCCGACAAUCCCUUCGCGGCCGAGUUCUCCAAGCUCUUCCUCGAGGUCUACGAUCGCCAGCGCAAGCUGCAGGAGCGCCUGACGGAGAAGCGGCGCAAGUACCAGAAGAAGGAGCGCAACCUGCGCGUCAUGAAGAAGAUCACGACCGUCAUUCUCACCGCCUCCUGCGUCUCGCUCGUGGUCUGCGCCGCCGUCGCCAUGGCGGUCGCGUCGCCCGUCCUCGACAGCACCGUCGCGGAAGCCGCCUCGCUGCCCUUCGAGUUCAUGCACUCGUGGCUGCACCGCCUCUGGGCGCACUACGAGCAGCGCAUCCGCUCCGAGCGCGGCGUCGCGGACGCCGCCCACUGGGGGACCUGGGUCGCCAUCAAGGACCUCGACACCAUCAACACCGAGGUGCGCCGCCUGCGCAACGAGAUCGAGGGCAUCCACCGCAACAUCGAGUUCGCGCGCGACCGCGGCGACAGCCUCGCCGUGCAGAACUCCAUCCGCAUGAUCCGCAAGAAGCACGAGCAGUUCGUCAAGCAGCUCGACGACCUCGCCUCGCACGUCAACGAGUGCAUCAAGCGCGUCACCACCGCGCGCUCGCGCGUCCUCGUCAAAAUUCUGUCGCAGUCCAGUCGCGCCUAGCCCCCUCCCCCCCCAUCCCACCCUCUCUCCCGCCGGGCCGUGCUCUGCCGCCGCUCCCAUCGAUCGAUCUCACGACGACAUUCCGAUUCUGCGCUCCUUCUCGAGCGAGCAAGCAAGCAAGGCAGCAGAACUCCACGGCAGCGACGGGGCGGAUGGCAUCACGAGCGCAGGGCGGAUUUUUUUCUGGAGCAGGUGAUGCCGUCGUCCGACUCGUUCAUCUCUCGGAGAAAUGGUGAAGAAGCGCCUGGCGCUACGGUGAGAUGUGCGAGAUCGCACACACUUUGGAGGCAGCUUCGUUCCGGGGCAGGAAGGGCGGCGGGGGGUUUCUCGAGUGAGUGAGUGGGUGAACGACAGAAUGAACGAAUGAUGGAAUGAAUUCUCGUGGAAAUCCCAGGUUCGAUGUCGGAGGGAAGGAGUCCGGGGGAGCGAGACGUCCGAACUGAACAGAACUGAACUGCGUAUGUGGAUAGUACCGUCACGGGCUGGCUGUUGAUAAACCGAUUUUAAUUACCUGAGAGCUACCUCGAAGUGCAAUUUGCGGUCGACUGAUCGAUUGAUCGAUCGCUCGCUCGCUUCCUCGUUCCCGCUAGUACACGAUGGGCUGCUGAACGUCCCACAUCCUGACCCGAUUGAGGGAGCAGUCAAUCUCACAUGCGAAACCCCUCGACGAUUCUCUUCUUCAGCCCACGGUCGACGCGAAGAAGCGGCUUUUUGGGUCCACACCCUCCCCUUCGUCCUUCCCUCUUCGUCGAUGGACGCAGAAUUGAUCUACUUCGAACCACCGGAUCAGAUUCAUGGUGCAAUUUUCCCCGUAUGUGUGGACGACGCCAUAUGUUUGUCUGAAGGCUUUUGCUUCUCUAGAAACAUUUUACUCAAUUCACAAGGUGGUGGUGUUCUAGCGGGCCAGAGUACCAAGGAUAACUCUCAAGCAGUUAGAGGAGAAAUUGAGUUGGGUUCUGCACGCAUGAAGAUAUACGAUUCUUCGCCUAGGACUCGUGGGCACGAUGAUUCGUACUCUAAAUGGAUGAGUACUACGUUUCGAGAACUAUACCGAACUAUCAAUCGAAGAUACGAGGAAGAUUGAUGGAUUCAUGACCGGCUUCCUGACUCACGUUGUACACCAGAUAUCCUUCGCCUCGUCAAUCCUUGUUCACCUUCUUGCUGAAGUGUCAAAUGUGAUAUCAAAUGCUCUGACAACCUCUUGAAACGAAACUGUCGCCUCGACAUAAAAGAUUUCUCUCUCAUGAUUUAUUCCAUUACUGCCGGUACGUUACUCAGGGCCGAGCAAGUAGUGCAUUUCGGAGUUGUGUGAGUAUGUACUACCAUCAUUACUUCUACUUACAAAUUCACAGGGUAAGGCAGAUUAGCAGACCACACUUCAUGAAAUCUGCGUAUUUAUCUUGCAUGUGAGUACUGAAAUGUGGGUGAUGCGCUCUUUUCUAGAUCAUUUUCAUAUUGUGCUGGAAGUACACAGCAAAAAAGGUCAAAUGUUGUUCGCUGACGAGAUGAAACAUCUACGGAUUCGAGAAGUGAGAUUCGGGUCCAUGCAACUUUGAUUUUCUUGUCUUGGCAAUGGAUUAUUACUCGCAUCUUUAGUUAAGAGUACAUACAAAGUCAGUCCAUCACUUUAGCUGACUGAUUAUAUGCUAAUGUUAGUUUUAACUACAUCAGAUAUAAAUAUUGCUACGG